CGGCCACCGAGGGGACGCCUCGAAACCAUUCCGGCGAGAGCUGGCGGCGGCCUUGCUCUGCGAGCUCUUCGCGCCACUCGCCCUCCCCGCCCGCCCGCCGGCCUCAGGAUUGAGGAAGUGCGUCUGGGCCCGGCCCCGGCGCGCGGCCCGAGGCGCGGGGGGCAGACGGCUGUGGGACGGCCAGGCCCCGGCCCGCCAGUGUCCGCCCAGCCCCGCGUCCCGGAGCGUCCGUACCCGGGCCCCGCCGCCGCCGCAGAACAAGAAAGCUUUCUGCUCAUCCAUGGCUAUGAGUUCAUGCCUUAAUGCACCCCACGGCCAGUGACAGUGGCAGUGACAACAGCGGGACCUGCCUUUGAAGAUUGGCUGCUGCAAGGGUUGAUGGCUGGCAUGUCGCAAAGACCACCCAGCAUGUACUGGUGUGUGGGGCCGGAGGAGUCAGCUGUGUGUCCAGAACGCGCCAUGGAGACGCUUAACGGUGCUGGGGACAUGGGCAGCAAACCGUCCACGCCAGGCGGUGACCCUACAGCGCAGUCCCCGAGGACGGAAGGCAUUCGCGCCGCGUACAGGCAGGGAGACCGUGGCGGCGCCCGGGACCUGCUCAAGGAGGCCUGCGACCAGUGCACGUCCCAGCUGGAAAAGGGCCAGCUUCUGAGCAUCCCAGCGGCCUAUGGGGAUCUGGAGAUGGUCCGCUAUCUACUCAGCGAGAGACUGGUGGAGCUGCCCACCGAGCCCAUGGAUGACAACCCAGCCGUGGUAGCAGCGUAUUUUGGGCACACGGCCAUUGUGCAGGAAUUGCUUGAGUCCUUACCAGGUCCCUGCAGUCCCCAGCGGCUGCUGAACUGGAUGCUGGCCUUGGCUUGCCAACAAGGGCACCUGGGGGUUGUGAAGCUCCUGGUCCUGACGCACGGGGCUGACCCAGAGAGCUACGCUGUCAGGAAGAAUGAGUUCCCAGUCAUCGUGCGCUUGCCCCUGUAUGCGGCCAUCAAGUCAGGGAAUGAAGACAUUGCAAUAUUCCUGCUUCGGCAUGGGGCCUAUUUCUGUUCCUACAUCUUACUGGAUAGUCCUGACCCCAGCAAACAUCUGCUGAGAAAGUAUUUCAUUGAAGCCAGUGCCUUGCCCAGCAGUUAUCCGGGAAAAACAGCGCUCCGUGUGAAAUGGUCCCAUCUCAGAUUGCCCUGGGUAGACCUAGACUGGCUCAUAGACAUCUCCUGCCAGAUCACGGAGCUCGACCUUUCUGCCAACUGCCUGGCGACCCUCCCCUCGGUUAUCCCCUGGGGCCUCAUCAACCUCCGGAAGCUGAACCUCUCGCACAACCACCUGGGGGAGCUGCCUGGCGUGCAGUCAUCGGAUGAAAUCAUCUGUUCCAGGCUACUUGAAAUUGACAUUUCCAGCAACAAGUUGUCCCACCUCCCUCCUGGAUUCUUGCACCUCUCAAAACUUCAAAAACUGACAGCUUCAAAAAAUUGUUUAGAAAAAUUGUUCGAAGAAGAAAAUGCCACUAACUGGAUCGGUUUACGGAAGCUACAGGAACUUGAUAUAUCUGACAAUAAAUUGACAGAACUCCCUGCCCUGUUCCUUCACUCUUUCAAGUCCCUCAAUUCUCUGAAUGUCUCCAGAAACAACCUGAAGGUGUUUCCAGAUCCCUGGGCCUGCCCUUUGAAAUGUUGCAAAGCUUCCAGAAAUGCCCUGGAAUGUCUGCCAGACAAAAUGGCUGUCUUUUGGAAAAAUCACCUGAAGGAUGUGGAUUUCUCAGAAAACUCACUCAAAGAAGUUCCCCUGGGACUUUUCCAACUCGAUGCCCUCACAUUCUUGAGGUUACAAGGGAACCAGCUGGCAGCACUUCCACCUCAAGAAAAGUGGACCUGCAGGCAGCUCAAAACCCUGGAUCUCUCCAGAAACCAACUUGGCAAUGUGCGUUUCCAAGCUCUUUCUCAACUCAAAUGCUCUGGUGCCCGUGGAAACAGCACAUUUGACAUGAUUUUCAUGUUUGCAGCAUGUGUGCUGGAAUUUCCGGCCUUCCUAAGUGAGUCUUUGGAAGUCCUUUGCCUGAACGACAACCACCUCGAUGCAGUCCCUCCCUCGGUUUACCUACUGAAGAGCUUAUCAGAGCUCUACUUGGGAAACAACCCUGGCCUCCGGGAGCUCCCUCCUGAGCUGGGGCAGCUGAGCAACCUCUGGCAGCUGGACACUGAAGACCUGACCAUCAGCAAUGUGCCUGCAGAAAUCCGAAAAGAAGGCCCCAAAGCAAUGCUGUGUUACCUGCGUGCUCAGCUGCGGAAAGCAGAGAAGUGCAAGCUGAUGAAGAUGAUCAUCGUGGGCCCCCCGCGCCAGGGCAAGUCCACCCUCCUGGAGAUCUUACAGACGGGGAGGGCCCCCCAGGUGGUGCACGGAGAGGCCACCAUCAGGACCACCAAGUGGGAGCUCCAGAGGCCGGCUGGCUCGAGAGCCAAGGUUGAGUCUGUGGAGUUCAACGUCUGGGACAUCGGGGGACCGGCCAGCAUGGCCACUGUCAACCAGUGCUUCUUCACAGACAAGGCCCUGUACGUGGUGGUCUGGAACCUGGCACUGGGGGAGGAGGCCGUGGCCAACCUCCAGUUCUGGCUGCUCAACAUCGAGGCCAAGGCCCCAAAUGCCGUGGUGCUGGUGGUCGGGACACACCUGGAUUUAAUUGAAGCCAAGUUCCGUGUGGAAAGGAUUGCAACGCUGCGUGCCUAUGUGCUGGCGCUCUGCCGCUCCCCCUCCGGCUCCAGGGCCACAGGCUUCCCAGACAUCACCUUCAAACACUUACAUGAGAUUUCCUGCAAGAGCCUGGAAGGCCAGGAAGGGCUGCGGCAGCUGAUCUUCCACGUCACGUGCAGCAUGAAGGACGUGGGCAGCACCAUCGGCUGCCAGCGACUGGCAGGGAGGCUGAUCCCCAGGAGCUACCUGAGUCUGCAGGAGGCCGUGCUGGCAGAGCAGCAGCGCCGCAGCCUGGACGACGACGUGCAGUACCUGACGGACAGGCAGCUGGAGCAGCUGGUGGAGCAGACGCCCGACAAUGACAUCAAAGACUACGAGGACCUGCAGUCGGCUAUCAGCUUCCUCAUAGAAACUGGCACCCUGCUACACUUCCCAGACACCAGCCACGGCCUGAGGAACCUCUACUUCCUCGACCCUAUUUGGCUGUCCGAAUGUCUGCAGAGGAUCUUUAACAUUAAGGGCUCCCGGUCAGUGGCCAAGAAUGGGGUGAUCAGAGCAGAAGACCUCAGGAUGCUGCUGGUGGGGACUGGCUUCACACAGCAGACGGAAGAGCAGUACUUCCAGUUCCUGGCCAAGUUUGAGAUCGCCCUGCCCGUCGCCAAUGACAGCUACCUCCUGCCCCAUCUCCUUCCAUCUAAACCUGGCCUGGACACCCACGGCAUGCGGCACCCCACAGCCAACACCAUUCAAAGGGUAUUCAAGAUGAGCUUCGUUCCUGUUGGCUUCUGGCAAAGGUUUAUAGCACGGAUGCUGAUCAGUCUGGCGGAGAUGGACUUGCAGCUUUUUGAAAACAAGAAGAAUACUAAAAGCAGGAACAGGAAAGUCGCCAUUUACAGUUUUACAGGAAACCAGAGAAAUCGCUGUAGCACAUUCAGAGUGAAAAGAAAUCAGACCAUCUAUUGGCAGGAAGGGCUCCUGGUCACUUUUGAUGGGGGCUACCUCAGUGUGGAAUCUUCCGAUGUGAACUGGAAAAAGAAGAAAAGUGGAGGAAUAAAAAUCAUUUGUCAAUCAGAAAUGAGGGACUUCUCAGCCAUGGCUUUCAUCACAGAUCAUGUCAAUUCCUUGAUUGAUCAGUGGUUUCCUGCCCUGACGGCCACAGAGAGUGACGGGACUCCACUCAUGGAGCAGUAUGUGCCCUGCCCAGUCUGCGAGACAGCCUGGGCCCAGCACACAGACCCCAGUGAGAAAUCAGAGGGUGUGCAAUACUUCGACAUGGAGGACUGCGUCCUCACGGCCAUCGAGCGGGACUUCAUCUCCUGCCCCAGACACCCGGACCUCCCCGUGCCGCUCCAGGAGCUGGUCCCUGAACUGUUCAUGACCGACUUCCCGGCCAGGCUCUUCCUGGAGAACAGCAAGCUGGAGCACAGCGAGGACGAGGGCAGCGUCCUGGGCCAGGGUGGCAGUGGCACCGUCAUCUACCGGGCCCGGUACCAGGGCCAACCCGUAGCUGUCAAGCGCUUCCACAUCAAAAAAUUCAAGAACUUUGCUAACGUCCCAGCAGACACCAUGCUGAGGCACCUGCGGGCCACGGACGCCAUGAAGAACUUCUCUGAGUUCCGGCAGGAGGCCAGCAUGCUGCACGCGCUGCAGCACCCCUGCAUUGUGGCGCUUAUCGGCAUCAGCAUCCACCCGCUCUGCUUCGCCCUGGAGCUCGCGCCGCUCAGCAGCCUCAACACCGUGCUGUCGGAGAAUGCCAGAGAUUCUUCCUUCAUACCGCUGGGACACAUGCUCACCCAAAAAAUAGCCUACCAGAUUGCCUCGGGCCUGGCCUACCUGCACAAGAAAAACAUCAUCUUCUGCGACCUGAAGUCGGACAACAUUCUGGUGUGGUCCCUUGACGUCAAGGAGCACAUCAACAUCAAGCUAUCUGACUACGGGAUUUCGAGGCAGUCAUUCCAUGAGGGUGCUCUAGGCGUGGAGGGCACUCCUGGCUACCAGGCCCCAGAGAUCAGGCCUCGCAUUGUGUAUGAUGAGAAGGUAGAUAUGUUCUCCUAUGGAAUGGUGCUCUACGAGUUGCUGUCAGGACAGCGACCUGCACUGGGCCACCACCAGCUCCAGAUUGCCAAGAAACUGUCCAAGGGCAUCCGCCCAGUUCUGGGGCAGCCGGAGGAAGUGCAGUUCCAUCGAUUGCAGGCGCUCAUGAUGGAGUGCUGGGACACUAAGCCAGAGAAGCGACCACUGGCCCUGUCGGUUGUGAGCCAGAUGAAGGACCCGACCUUUGCCAUCUUCAUGUAUGAGCUGCACUGUGGAAAGCAGACAGCCUUCUUCUCGUCCCAGGGCCAGGAGUACACCGUGGUGUUUUGGGACGGAAAAGAGGAGUCCAGGAACUACACGGUGGUGAACACAGAGAAGGGUCUCAUGGAGGUGCAGAGGAUGAGCUGCCCCGGGAUGAAGGUGAGCUGCCAGCUCCAGGUCCAGAGAUCCCUGUGGACAGCCACUGAGGACCAGAAAAUCUACAUCUACACCCUCAAGGGCAUGUGUCCCUUAAACACACCCCAGCGGGCCUUGGACACUCCAGCUGUCGUCACCUGCUUCUUGGCCGUGCCUGUUAUUAAAAAGAAUUCCUACCUGGUCUUAGCGGGCCUUGCCGAUGGGCUUGUGGCUGUGUUUCCCGUGGUGCGGGGCGCCCCAAAGGACAGCUGCUCCUACCUGUGCUCACACACAGCCAACAGGUCCAAGUUCAGCAUCGCAGACGAAGACGCACGGCAGAACCCCUACCCAGUGAAGGCCAUGGAGGUGGUCAACAGUGGCUCUGAGGUCUGGUACAGCAAUGGGCCGGGCCUCCUUGUCAUUGACUGUGCCUCCCUGGAGAUCUGCAGGCGGCUGGAGCCCUACGCGGCCCCUUCCGUGGUUACGUCGGUCGUGUGCAGUUCUGAGGGCAGAGGGGAGGAGGUUGUCUGGUGCCUGGAUGACAAGGCCAACUCCUUGGUGAUGUACCACUCCACCACCUACCAGCUGUGUGCCCGGUACUUCUGUGGGGACCCCAGCCCCCUCAGGGACAUGUUUCCCGUGCGGCCCUUGGACAUGGAACCCCUGGCAGCCAGCCACACUGCCAACCCAAAGGUGCCCGAGGGGGACUCCAUCACGGACGUGAGCAUCAUGUACAGUGAGGAGCUGGGCACACAGAUCCUGACCCACCAGGAGUCACUCACCGACUACUGCUCCAUGUCCUCCUACUCCUCAUCCCCACCCCGCCAGGCUGCCAGGUCCCCCUCCAGCCUCCCCAGCUCCCCGGCAAGUUCUUCCAGCGUGCCUUUCUCCCCUGACUGCGAGGACUCAGACAGGCUACACGAGCCCAGUGCUGCCUCUGACAGGUCUGAGCAUGACCUGACCCCCAUGGACGGGGAGACCUUCAGCCAGCACCUGCAGGCCGUGAAGAUCCUCGCCGUCAGAGACCUCAUUUGGGUCCCCAGGCGCGGUGGAGAUGUUAUCGUCAUUGGCCUGGAGAAGGAUUCUGGUGCCCAGCGGGGCCGAGUGAUCGCCGUCUUAAAAGCCCGAGAGCUGACUCCACAUGGGGUGCUGGUGGAUGCUGCUGUGGUGGCAAAGGACACUGUUGUGUGCAGCUUUGAAAACGAAAACACAGAGUGGUGCCUGGCUGUCUGGAGGGGCUGGGGUGCCAGGGAGUUUGACAUUUUCUACCAGUCCUAUGAGGAGCUGGGCCGGCUGGAGGCUUGCACACGCAAGAGAAGGUAAUUCCUGUGGAAUGACAGUCACACAUGCAGAGCUGGCUGGUCCCAGGCUGCAGCCUGACCCCUCUGCCAUCAGCCUCUAGUUCUCCAAGGACCUAGAAGACAGAUGGAGCUCUCCCCUGAACUCCUUGACUCCUUGCUGCUAAGAAGUGCUGAGAAGUUACCCGCCUGGCGGUGGCUCCAGGGUUCUCUGGUUCUCCGGAGCAGAGUUAUCUGAAUACCCCAUCCCCCAACUGCUGAUUUCACAGCCCCAGGGAAGACAGUGGUAUCAGGCUGGGCAGGGCCUCCGCUGGCCUCCUCCAUCAGUUUCCAGGAGCAGGGGUGGAGGAUCCCGUUCUGAGCUGGGUCAAACAAAGUAGGGCCGGGCCUUCCUGCCAUCGCUGGGUCUCAGAUGGAAUUACACUAGAGGCCCUCGGUUGGGAAGCAGUUGAGGUAGAGCAGGAGGGGGGCUGUAACCCCUGCCCUUUCCCCGCCGGAGACCUCAGGCUCUCAGCACAUUCCACAGGCUCCUGAGUCCCUGAGGCCUGGGCCAGCUUGGGCAAGCCAAGAUCAGAUGUCUCUGUGUUCGGGAAGGUCUCCGUGUGGGAAAGCCCUCGGAGGACACUGGGUGAGGAGCGUUGCCCCAUCCGGAGAAUGAAUGAGUUCCUUUAAGCGCCGCAGCCAGAAAGCCCAGAGGCGCAUAGUGCGAGUGCACCAGCUUAGCCUUUACAUUCCUCUCCACCGACAAAAGGAAGGGGAAACUCAAUCAGCAGGACUUCAGAAAGGGCCUUGUGUUUAUAGCUUUGUCAAGUAAAUUUGGACGCAGCUGGAGCACAAGCCCUGUUUGUUUGCACAUAAAAAUCUUGUUUAUCACUUUUAAAAAUUCAGUAAUAUCUCAGCGGUCAGGCUUCUGGUUGUGAAAUCACAUUGUAUGGGAUUUAUACCAAAUUAUGUAUUUGCUAAACUUUCGCUCCACACGUGUACAGCAGAGUACGAAAAGGAAAAUUGUCCACAGGGGGUUUAUGGAUACAACAGCAAACAUUGUAUAAAUUAUGCACAUGCAUCUAUUACACACAUGCACACAUAUAUGCACACACAUGUGCAAACAUAGCCACUUUUUUGUCAAGGGUUACCCUUUGGGGCGUCUUAAACCAGAAUGGGAGUUUGAAAGAGAGAUCAUACUCCAGCUGAAGUUUGUUGACCCUUUUCUAAAAUUAAAAAGAUCAAAUUUAGUAUUUGCGGGAUAUGCAGGGGGAUGAGACUCUUUUAAUCUCAAAAUAAACAGAUUCUUUCAAGAA